AUACGUGAGAGUAAGAGGCAGAGUGUCUGUUCUCCCAGCUCUCCCAUAGCUGCACUCUCACAGCUGGAGCUCUCAAGGCCAGAAGGGACUCAUCCAGGCUGACCUCCUGCAGACCAGAGGCUGGAGAAGCUCUACCGUGACACCUGCAUCCAGCCAAGAACCCGUGGUUGAGUCAGAGCAGAGCUGUGAGAAAGAGACAGACAUUCUUGAUUUACAGACUGACAGAUGGAGGAUCCAGGAGGGCCCUGGAAACCCAGGAAGGUCACUCCUCAGACAGGAGAAGAUUCUCUGACCUGCCCUCUGCCCCCUGGCUGGCAGAGCUAUAUGUCUCCCCAGGGUCACCGGUACUAUGUGAACACCUUCACCAACGAAACCACUUGGGAGCGACCGAGCGGCGUGCCUGGGAGCCCCGGGAGUCAGAAGAGUGCUGUGCUUGCAGUGAAUGGAUAUCACAGCCCUGUGACCCCUAUGCAUCAAAUGGAGCCUGGUCAUAUGAGUCUCCGAAAACCCAGCGGGGACCACCAGAGUCCAGGGUCCCCGCGUGUGCCCAGGAGGCUGGCCAGGGAGAGCUCACAGACAAUAAACUGUGUGACUUUUCCCCACCCAGACACAAUGCCAGAACAGCAGUUGCUGAAACCCACUGAAUGGAGCUACUGUGAUUAUUUCUGGGCUGAUAAGAAGGAUCAACAAGGAAACAACACUAUAUCAGGGUUUGAAAUUCUGCUUCAAAAGCAGCUCAAGGGGAAACAAAUGCAGAAAGAAAUGGCAGAGUUUGUUCGAGAAAGGAUAAAGAUUGAGGAAGAAUAUGCCAAGAACUUGUCCAAGCUGUCUCAGAACUCAUUGGCUGCUCAAGAGGAAGGCACUGUUGGAGAGGCCUGGGCCCAGCUGAAGAAGAGUCUGGCUGAUGAAGCAGAGGUUCAUCUCAAAUUUUCUUCUAAGCUUCAGAGUGAAGUGGAGAAACCACUGCUCAACUUCAGAGAGAACUUUAAGAAGGACAUGAAGAAAUACGACCACCACAUCGCAGAUUUACGAAAGCAGCUGGCUAGUCGCUAUGCAGCAGUAGAAAAGGCCCGGAAAGCCCUGUCAGAGAGACAGAAGGACCUGGAAAUGAAAACCCAGCAGCUGGAGAUAAAGCUCAGCAACAAGACAGAAGAGGAAAUCAAGAAAGCUAGGCGGAAGUCCACGCAGGCUGGAGAUGACCUGAUGCGCUGUGUAGAUCUUUAUAAUCAAGCCCAGUCUAAAUGGUUUGAAGAAAUGGUGACCACCACUCUGGAGUUGGAGAGGCUGGAGGUGGAGCGAGUGGAAAUGAUUCGGCAGCACCUUUGCCAGUACACACAGCUGCGGCACGAGACAGACAUGUUCAACCAAAGCACAAUAGAGCCCGUGGAUCAGUUACUUCAGAAAGUGGAACCUGCCAAAGACAGGGAACUCUGGGUAAAAGAACACAAAACCGGAGAGAUCAGACCUGUGGACAUGGAAAUAUAGAUUGAUCCGAUAAAUGAUAUGUGAUGCGUUUGCUGGUUUAUCCAGGCUAAUGGGUUCUGUAAAGGGUCAGAAGAGGUACAGGACUGGAAGAGGGUUGCUUUGCUACCAGAUACUUUGUAUUUAUUGCCUGUAGGGAGUAUCUCUGUCACAUUUGAUCGUCACACCAAUUCCCAUUGUGCUAUGCCUUAAGUUCCCAACAUUCCAGGGUGAAGAAACUGGAGGGGUCUACUCUUCCUGUCAGAGGUUUCCAGCUGCCAAUGAUGUACUGCCCCCAGGAGAAACAAAGGACCUUGCUUCCUGGUUCAGAGAAAGCUCUGCUCUUUGAUGACUGUGCACUAAACCCAUCACAUGACUCUUUGUGUAGAAUGUAAGAAUAGCCAUGUAGCAAGCCACUGCCAUGGAAGCAAACCAGCGAUUUGACCAUGAUGCUGGUAUCAAGGAGCUUCUGAAUGUGGAUCUCAGCACUGCCACUGCUCAGCUGGAUGGCCUUGGGCACAUCACAAAACUUUUCUGGUCCCACUAUUUAUAAUAAGGGGCUCAUAAUACCUACCUCAUAGGGGUGUUGUGAGGAUACAUUGAUUUUUGUAUAAUACUUAUUAGCACAACUUCUUGAUACUGAAUGCAGAGAGGUAUGGGCUGUUUCCCAGUGCAGUAAACAAGGCAAAUGGCUAGGAGAAAAAGCCCCAGAGGAAAGACUCCUGUUCAAACCCUUCCUGUUUUGUACUCCCACUCAGAGACAAAUAAACCCUCCAUCAUCUCCAUUUCUCUUUGAGACUAUUAGAAAGUAAGAUUGACAGGGAUCUCUUGCACCAUCUAUGGCCAGGAAAGACUCAGUUGUUCUACAGCUACCUCAUUAAUUGUCUCAUUGACUUAAGUGGCAGAAAGAGAACACCUGCAAUGGAAUAAAAUCUUCAAGCCCAUCCCUUCCUUUGCAGUGUGAUGUCCAGCACUCUGCUUUCUUCAGGAACUUCUAGCAGUCCCUUUGGGAGAUAAUUUCCCAACCAAUAGAUCAAGGUUUAAAUUGUCCUUCAUUUGAUUUCCCCAAAAUAACUCACAUUUUAUAGCAUCCUCUCUGUCCAUCACUCUUUAUCUAUUUCCUUGGGGUUUGCACCCAUGUGAUCUUAGCAGAUAGUCAGCAGGUCUAUUCCAAUUGGCGAGUAGAUUUUAGCCCGGUGUGGCCGCACAGCAUGGUCUGCGCAUGCACAGCGUGCGCCUCUGCACAGCUGGUGAGCAGAGCCUGCCACCGCUUGGCGAGCCCUGCCAAUUGGUAUAAGUUUUUACACUGCAAUCAUCACUGUAAUAGCUUGGCUCUUUCCAGCAGUGCAUUAAGCAGUCCAUGUUGUUUUUUCUUCUCCCCCAGAAGGAGAAACAUGCAUAUUUAUUAAAUACCCCGUCACUACGCCUUUGUGUUAGAGAAGGUAAAAUCAAAGUAAUGUGCCUUGCACGUGGACGUUGGAAGUGAUGAGGUUAUGAGAGUCAUUACUUCCUGGGGGAGUUUAUUCCAGAGUCUUGGACUAUACCCUGAGAAAUUUCUGUCACCUGCACAGAUAAGCUUUACCAUUAUUGUUGAGAGCUCCACUGUGCCAAAAGUGUGUAGCUGACCAUGGGCCUCGUCCUGGAGAUUUAGAUGGCUUUUUAGGGUCCAGGACAUCAAGUGCUUUGAAGAUAAGGACAAGACCGUGAAGCUGAUUUGAAAUUGUAUGGGAAGGUUACAGUGUAGAGCAUGGAGAACAGGUGUGAGAUGCCUGAGAGAGCUUGCGUUGCUAAGGAGGUGCAGUACUUGGUGUUUCCAAGCAGCUGAAGGUUUUGUGGCCAGGCAUACCACAUUGUUGUAGUCCUACAGUGACAAAGGCACAAGUAUCUAAUGCCAGAUUUUCAUCUGCCAGGAGUGGAGAGAUUUUGCUGAGAGGUGGGGACAGCGUGUGAAACCUCCCACUCCCACGGACACCCAGAGGAGAGAGCCACAGGGAGCAUUCAGUCACUUAAAGUGAUGUGGGGCUGCUCUGAGGAGGCUGGCUGCCUUGUUCCUGAGGAUCCCAGUGGGAUGGCUGCUUUGUUCCAGAGGGUUCCCAGCGCAGCUCCCUCUCUCUGGAAAAAGGCUCACCUGCUGCAGUCAGAGCCAGGCUUGGAACUGCAGCCAUUGCAUGCUGCAAAAACAGCUGAAUGGCAACCAAACAGAUAAGGAGCUUUGGCCAGAGAACUGAUUAGAGAAGGGAUGAAUGGAUUGCCUGCAGUGCCUGAAAACAGCUGACCAGUAGCUAAUUAGCUACCAAUAGCUGAUCCUCUCCUGACUGUUGAACCAGGGCACAUCAUUCUGCUUUCACCUCUGUGCACUGGAAAAGUCAGUAAAAUGUUGGGUAAUGUUUUCAAAAGUACAAUUUCCGAAAGUAACUCUGGCAUUUUGGUGCCUAAGUCUUACUGCAGGUCAAUUUGAAAAAUGUCGUCUAUUAGUACAACAGUGACUUUCUUCGAGUCUUCUUGUACUAUAUCAAUUUCCAAGGUAAAGUACAAAUUAAAACCAAUAAUUUGGAAAGCUCUCUAAAACUUUUGCAUGCAGAUAACCAGUUUGGCAGAUUUUGUGUAACAUCUUCCAUAGUUACUGUUGAAAUAGAAAGUUUAUGAUCAGAAUAAUUAUAUAAAUAAAAUAAUGCAUUAUCCCAACUUAAUACCAAAUGCAGGACAUAAAUAUUUAUUGAACACGUCUGCCUUUUCUGCAUCAGUACUGUUUUACUAUCUUGUAACUGGAAAUCAAUUGAAAUAAUUAUUUUAACCAUAUCAACUAUAGAUUAGUAAUGCAUCUAGCUUGUCUUAAUUACCUGCAUUUCUUAACUUUAAUUUAUAUUUAUUAUUAUGAAUAUAUCCCUUUUUAUUCGUCAACCUUUUUUGCCUUUCACAUCCCAUUUUAAGGUAAUAGAGGGUUUUAUGGGUGUUUUUGUUUGCUUUUUAACUAAACAGUCUUUUCUCAUGACUGAAGAAUUGUGGAUUUUGGGACAUGUAGCAUGGCAUUCUUAAAAGAUUAACUAUUUUGAUGCAGAUUUUUCUGUUUAAGGUUUUUGUCCGCAAUCAAUUUUGUUCGUAAUUAAUUUUACCUUUUGUAAAUUGGCCUGUUUAAAAUACUAAGUGUGUGUGUGUGUGUGUGUGUACACACACACACUAAAUAUAUAUAAAUAAAUAACUAGUAAGGGUUUGGAUGUGCCUGGAAUGGGAUUGCUUCUCAGAAAGCCGUACAGAAAAGAGAGACAAUCACCAGGCAGGUGAAACAUGCUGGCUGAAGACAUGUCCCCCCUUUCCUGGAUUGCUGAUGAGGCUUCCUACCCUGAAGAUACCCUUUAGGGAGGGCAGCAGGGGCUGAAGCGCCCCCCCAUCCAGAUUCGUAUGGGAACAUUGCUGGCUGUUCCCUUUCGCCAAGGAGCAUGGGGAAAGUGCACAAUUUUCUGCAUUCCUCAACUCUGGCUGGGGAGCGCAGGAAGCAGUCAAGCUGUGCACUUUGCUCUUGCUACCCAUUUUUGAAAAAGACAAUCAUUUAAAAUAAAGCCUAUACAUUUUCCUUUAUUUAAAAAAACCCAGCAACCUUAACUAAAGUUAAGGACCCGAGCAAGGCUGGGUAAAUGUGUUAGGGACUCAGAUAUGAAUUUACUAUGAGGGCUGUAAUACUUUUUUUUUUUAAGAGAAUUGUCACCUGUAAUUUAAAGAAACUCCAAAGAAGUUUGACUCUGGGCAGUAGAAGAUCUCCAGUUUAUGAUUAGUGUAUUUGUUUCCACAUAAAGGACAAUUAGUGAGAAUGUCUCAGGAUGCUCUUUGUCACAUGCUUUUUUUUCAUCCCAGAGGUGAGAUACUGUUUUUUUUCUAAAUUGGAAACCAAUGCAGGUAUUUUGAGCCAUGCCCCUCAGCAAUGGGUUCCCAGUCAAGAUCACUUGCGUCUUAUUUCUUUCUGGUAGCAUUAACUUACCCUAGCUACUGCUUGCCUAGGCGCUUUGUGUCCAGCUGACAGUCUUGGGUUUUCAAUAGCUAUUUUUCUCAGCUUUAUUGUCAUCUAGUUCACUAAGGGCAGAGUAUUUAAUACCACGGUCUAGGUUGAAUAGCUUUAUAUUUUCCCCCUUCAUUUCUGCCUCACUGUCCAAUUUCAUUUACAUCUGCUGCAUCCAUGGCCACAGACACUUCCUUUCUCCUCGUAAUUGCAAUAUAAUCUGUCCAUUUUAACUUCUUUAUAUUGUCAGCAGCCUGUGCUGGUCUGAAUCAUUUUCAUUCUACAAUAGGAUGUUUAACAGUUUCCAUGUUGCACACAUAUAGCCUUUUCCGUCUUCACACAGAAACAGAACAAAAUUUGCCUGCCACUCCAGCCUGUCAAGCGUUUUUGGUCAGCCAUUUACUGAUGCAUCUUACUUAAAGGAAACCAUCUUUUUAAGACCUAUCUUGCUCUUUGAAUUACUUCUGGAACCAACCCAUUUGCUGCUUCUGCUUCAUUGCUAGCUGGAUGUGCCUGGUUUUAACAGAAGUCAGAUCUACCUCUCCAGUGAUCUAAGGCCCCCAGCUGCUUUCUCGGAGGAAGAACUCCCACCAAGGCUGCUGGAAAUUUCCCGACCACUCUGAAAGCUCUGAGAUCCACAACCCACAUUUGUGUGUAGCUACUCAGCACUCAGGUUCUGUGAGCCUGCAAAAAACUUCUCUCUUAGGACUGUGGCAGCUUGAAAGCUCUGGAGCUGCAUUUUACAAGACAAGUGAAGGACUCCAAAAAGGUCAUGAAAUCAUGGCCCAAAAUCCUGUAAAAAUAACUGUUCUCCCAGAGUCAUUUGCUCAUAUAUAGUUCUGCCUGAGUGCACAUCUAGAGCAGCUUCCCUGGAACAGCUGUGACUGUUUGCAAUGAGCACUCCCACAAUCUUCUCUGUUGCUGUGUAUAAAAGAGGUAAACAUAUGCUUGCUCCCAGGGUUAUUGCCACUUUGUUUCACUUUACUGUGCAACUUCUCAUUGCAUGUUCCCCACACCAUCCUGUGCAUAGCUGUUCUCUGGUAGAAGGUUACAUUUCUAACUUGCUAAUUUAAUAGCAUAUCAGAUAUUUUCAAUGGGAAUUCUGACUAAGACUUUUGGAGGAGGUUGGGUCUGUGGAUUCAAACCAGACUUAGUAAUAACUGCUUGGACUGGCUGAGAGAUGUACUACCCAAACUCUGCAUUUCAGCAAGUUUUUAAAAAAUGGGUAAGAUGGAAUCCUCCUUCCACAUAUAAAGAUAGAUAUGAGCUGCUCUCAGAAGUGCUAAGAAUUCACAAGUCUCUUGGAAGAAAAUGGCAGUUAAUAGGUGAUGAUGAUCUUUGGAAAUCAUACUACUGAUCUAGGUGCCAAAUAAUGACCUAAUUAUAAGGCUUCCCUAUAAAUAAAAAAUCUUGAACUUUCAUGUCACACUCAAAGGUAAGAAUCUUAGAUAUCUACGUGUGAAAGGCUGCAGUGUAUUCAGAAGGAAUUAGCUUCACCAUCUGCUGAAAGACAGCCACUCUAUCGCGCUGGGUUUGAGGGGACCCAGUUACAUAUUGUGUUUAGAAAAGGCUGUGGGCUCCCUGUAACAUGGCACCUGAACCUUUCCAUCAAUAAGAAUAGCUCUUGAAACCCAAUCAGCCCUUGAUAUACCUGCUACCUUCUACUCUGUACCAUAGACACAGAGCUCAGCUUCCAUACCCAGAGUGCUCUGCAGUGCUCUGAAUUCAGGCUCUGUCAGAGUUCAGUGGGGAGCUAGCACAGAGGGAGGAGCAUAGAACUCACCAUGCCCCCACUGCCACCAGGUGAAAGAAAGCACCCCCCCCCCCCCAAGCCAACAGCAAGAGUGAACUUUUAGAUCUCAGACAUAGGGAGACACACUGCUUUGCUCACACAGCUGGCUCCCUAUCGAGAACCUCACAGAUCACAAACACCCCUUGAAGACGGCAGUCCAUGUGGGUAACUGGCAAGUGGAGUAAUGUGAUCAGAGUGGGUUGCUCAUUUAAGACACCAGCUCCUGCAUUCUUUACUAGCUGAAUUUACUCAGUCCUUUUCCAGGAGCCCAGUGGGUCCAUCAGCCUUGUAAAGCUGCUAGCCUCAUGCGCUACAA